AUGUACCAUCACCUUGUCCGUCGUCAACGAGAUAUCGUCGCUCAAAUUGUACAGUUAUUGAGUGAUAAUAGUGAAGAGAUGGCGUUGGAUCCGCGCUUUUACCACCAUAUCGCCCCGGGCAUCGCCUCCGGCUCGCAGUCCUCGGCUUCAUUGUCUGGGUUUUCUUCGGCCACGGGAAUCACGAGCCCGUCUAUACAUUCAAGUGCAGCUUCUUCUGCCGCUCUUCGAUCGACUGCGUCAAGCCCAUCCCUGCGCUCCAGGGAGGGUGUUGCAGUGCAAAGAGGAUCAGAUGGCGUCUCCAGCCCUGCACCUGGAGGAAACGUGCACGUCGUAGUACGAGUGCGGAAGUUCCUACAACGAGAAAUCGAGCGUAAGGCACAAUGCCUUAUUUCAAUGGACCCUCACACCCAGGCGACCAAGCUAAGGGCGCCGCAAUCCCACACGCUCGAAGAAACCAAACCGAAGUCGCAGGCUCGCGGGAAGGUGCUGGACGACAAAGAAUUCAUCUUCGAUAACUCGUUCUGGUCGCAUAAUGAAGCAGACGAUCAUUAUGCCCACCAAGAGGACAUCUACAACUGUCUCGGCGAGGACUUUCUGGACCAUAAUUUCGAGGGAUACCACACGUGCAUUUUCGCAUACGGACAGACGGGCUCUGGCAAAAGUUACACCAUGAUGGGGAACGCCGAGCAACCGGGUCUGAUUCCUCGAACCUGCGAGGAUUUAUUCCAGCGUAUCGAGAGCGCCGAGUCGCCAGAUGUGAGCUUCAACGUUCGAGUUUCCUACUUUGAGGUGUACAAUGAACAUGUACGCGACUUGCUGGUACCCCGGACAGACCCACCUCAUUAUCUUCGAAUUCGGGAAUCGCCUUCUGAAGGUCCAUACGUGAAAGACCUUACCGAAGUCCCAGUUAGGAACUAUGCCGAGAUCAUGAAGUACAUGCGCAAAGGUGAUGUUUCGCGUACCACUGCUAGCACCAAAAUGAACGAUACAUCCUCGCGAUCCCACGCAGUUUUUACAAUUACCUUGAAGCAGAUCCACCACGAUCUCUCUACAGAUGAGACUACAGAGCGUACGGCACGCAUUCGACUUGUUGAUCUUGCGGGAUCCGAACGAGCGAAGUCAACUGAAGCCACCGGCCAACGCCUGCGCGAAGGAUCCAACAUUAACAAGUCCCUUACCACCCUGGGAAGAGUCAUUGCAGCAUUGGCCGACCCCAAAGCAGCACGUCCGGGUAAACGAAAGGGCAAGGAAGUAGUACCUUACCGUGACUCCAUUCUCACUUGGUUGUUGAAAGACAGCCUUGGGGGCAAUUCUAAGACGGCCAUGAUUGCCUGUAUUUCACCCACAGAUUACGAAGAAACUCUUUCUACCCUACGUUAUGCGGACCAGGCCAAGCAUAUUCGAACUCGCGCAAAAGUCAAUCAGGACCAUCUCUCUGCCGCUGAGCGUGACCGACAAAUUGAAGAAAUGGCGGAGACAAUCCGUACCUUGCAGCUCAGCGUCAGCCAAUCUGCUCAAAACCGUCGAGAAACAGAAGUUCAGAACGAGCGUCUUGAGGAGUACCAGCAGAAGGUAGAGAAGCUUCAACGACUUAUGGAGGAGACCAAGAUGGUUGGCGAGUGCAAGAUCAGACAGUUGCAAACCGAAAACGAGGCAUUACGCAAUCACUUGAAGCUGGCACUGGAUAGCCUGAAGAACCCAAUCCCAGCAGUGACAAUUGAGAAGCGUCUCAGCGACGUUGAUAUUUUGGAACAGGAGGACGAGGAGGAGCCGGUAGACGACAAGGAAAACCGACCUGGUUCUCCUACCUCAGAGAUCGAGACGGAGCCGGAUUUGAUCUGGGAGGACGAAGACGACACUGUUCCGGCCGGUGCAACCCAUCUUCAAGCCCAAGAGAUGCAGGCAACUAUGGAGGGUCUAUUGGGCGACCUCGAUGUCUUCAAACGGAAGCUGGCCACGGACCACGAACGCUUCAGUUCCAACCGAAAGCACGAGGGCCGUAAACGACGGCGGGCACUUGGAGAUAUUUUAGGGAAUUAG